AUGUACUCAACGACACACUUUCACGCGCAACACGCGCACCAAUGCAUCGUCGCGGCCACAUCUAAUCGGCGGCAACGGUGUCCUCCCACGCGUGGGUUUUCCCCUUCUUCUUCUUCUUCUUCUUCGAGAGGAAGAGAAAACGAGCACAACAGGACGACGACGAGAAAGAAUUCCAAUCGAAGCCGCUUCGGGAAACGAUCGUCGAGCUUUGCCUCUUCUUCUUCUCAAAGGAGCGACGACGCGUUGUGCGCGUUUCUUUGUCGCAGCAGCACUUCUGACGACGACGACGUAAACAACAAUAUUAAGAAUACUUUGAACGACGACGAUGCCAUUUCUGCAUCGUUACCUCUGAACGAGUUGAAACCCGGGGAGAAACAAAGCAGAGCGAGCACUAUUCACAGGAGGAGUGAAUUCGUCCAGAUUUCAUCGAACAAAGCGAAGACGAUAAAUCCGCCGGAGAAUUUGUCCAAACUCCAACUUUUCGGCCGGAAAUAUUGGCCGUUGCUGGCGACUUUGGAGCUCUUAGCGCUCAUCGGAGCCUCUCUGAACGGCGUGCUCAGUCGCAAACGCAGACAAGAGAUUGAACGAUUGAACGUUCAGAUGCGCGCGAUCAUGCAACGCGUAGAGGACGAACGGUUCGAGAGGCACAAUAAGAAGACUUCUUCGACGACUUCGAGCAGCCCGGCGAUGGUAUUGAUUGGAAAAGGGAAAUCGGCGUACGCGAACGGAGAAUACGAAUCGGCGAUCGGUUUGUUCAACGACGCCGUCGAGGCGGCGGAUGGCGGCGCGUUUAGUAGCGCGGACGAGGAAGAUAAAAUCGAAGAGUCGCUCUCCGCGCGAAAAGGUUUGGCGACGGCGUACCAGGCGUCGGGUGAUUUAACCAAAGCCGCGGCGACGCUCGAGAACGCGCUACUCGUCGCCAGAGAUAGCACCGUUUUCGGCAUGCUCGGAGACGUGUACACCGACAUGGGCGAAUUAGCCAAAGCUGGAGAGAUGUACGAUAAGUGCUUGGAAGCCAUGGAUUGA